AUGAAAAAUCAUAACAUUCCAAAAAGUUCAGAAAGAUAUGGUAAACUCAUUUUACCAAUACGUCAUUCACUUCCAGUUGGAUUAUUCUCUAGUUAGAAUUCUCUAUUUGCUUCUAUUAUUUCUGUAAAGAACAGAGAGUCAAAUAGCAAAAGUCAAAAACAGAAGAAUUCAUAAACACAUUUUGAAGCAGCAACACAAAGAGCUGUAACACCAAAUAAUUAAAAUCCAUCUCUACCAUUUACAACUAAAUAUCAUUUAAGUAGUCAAACAUAAAAACCUAAAAAGAAAUCUAAUCUAAUUAAUAAGGAAUCAUUUUAAUCAAAAAUUUCCAAUCUUAUCUGUUAAAAUAAAAGUGCAGAUUUUGAUAAUAUCAGUUCUUAAAUUAAGGAUAGAGAUGAUUAAGAAUUAAAUAAAAUUUUUAAUAAUCUUAAAUGGAUUAGUCAAUAAAUCAAUACCAUAAAGGUUAAUUAAUUAUCUCAAUAGAUAUUAUCUUAAUGGUAAAAAGUAUUGACAUCUAAUUGUGAAAAAGUUAUAGAAAUAAAUAAAUAAAAAAAGAAAUCUGAAAUGGAAUAUCCACAAUUAAUAAAAAGCAAUAGUUCAUCAUCCUAAAUAUUUGAUGCAUCUGGUCUCAAUCUUGAAAAGCUUUUAGCAGAAGAAAGAAGAAAUAGACUAUUAGUAGAAGAAUAGACUAGCAAGAUAAUAUCAAGUCAAGAAUCUCAAAUUAAAUCAUAUGUAAUUAUUUAUCUAUAUUAUAAGAUUGAGAAAAUUAAAUAAUUAGAAUAGAGAUUAAUAGAAAAGAAUUCUUGGCAAAAAUGA